CUAGCUACCUCCGCCGCCGUCACUACCACAACACUGCUCUUGCUCCGCUCAUCCCCAACCGGCGACCAUGGCGAAGGCCGCAAGAGCAGCAGCGGCGCCUCUCCACAGCGGCCUCCCGGACGAGAUCGCCAUCUGGGAGAUCCUCGUCCGCCUGCCCCCCAAAUCGCUCCUCCGCUGCCGCGCCGUCUGCCGCGCCUGGCGCAGCGCCACCUCCGCCCGCGACUUCCUCCUCGCCCACCACGCCCGCCAGCCCGCCCUCCCCAUCGCCUGCGGCGACGAAAACGGCGGCAGCCGCUACUACCUGGCCGCCCAGCUCCAGCCCGUCGCCCGGCUUGACAGGGCCUUCUGUCUGUGUGCCUCCUGCGACGGCCUCCUCCUCCUUUCCGAGUACAGCACGGCGACUGGCGACCGCUUCUCCAUCUGCAACCCCGCCACUCGUCAGUAUGCUCCCCUGCCGAUGCGUUCUGACUUCAUUCCGUUGGGAAUGUACCGGCACCGCCCUUCAGGCGAGUACCGGAUACUGAUGCACAGGGAAGCUGGUUUUCUGGCAAUCGACGGGCAAGAUGCCUGCUACAUCUUCGCAUUGGGCUCUGUCCAGCCGCCGAGGAACAUCGGGUGGCCGCAAGUGAGGUUCAGUGGGGUACCUGUCCUGCUCCACGGUAGCCUGCAUUGGCACCUAGACAAACAUCGGUACCUGGAGGAGCAUUGGCACCUAGACAAAUAUCGGUACCUGGAGGAGCAUUGGCACCUAGAUGAUCAUAUGAGCAGAAGCAACAUUAUAGUUGUAUUCGACACCAGAACAGAGACGUUUCGGAAGAUUUGUGCUCCAGUUGUUCCUGACAACAAUAAACUGUUUGAGAUGGAUGGCAUGCUCGGCAUGUCUGGCUUUAAUGAUCCAGGGCCAAUCAUUGAUAUCUGGAUGAUGCAGGACUACGAAAAUGAGGUUUGGGCCUUGAAAUACCGGGUUGAAUUGAAGAAUGCAGAUCAUCUCCUUGUGCAGUUUGGUCGUUUUGUCGAACAUUGGAAUGUGGCGGUCGCUUCUUGCGAUGGUGAUGUGCUUGUGCUGGUCAAGUUUGGCGAGUGCCUACUUCAGUUUGAUAUCAAUGGCAAGUUGGUCUGUUUCAAUCGCAAAGGACUCUGUCUUGCUCAACAUCGGCUCAAGCAAACUCUUGUUCCACAUACCUUCUUUCCGACACUAGAUGGCUAUUCCAUGAACGCUUGGCCUUUCAUCUGAAUGGUGUUGAGUGAGUUGGUGCUUCUUAGCAGCCAACCUACCUGUAUCCUUCUGAGGUGAAAUAUGUAUGAAUUGGAUCCACUAUGAGCCCCCUAGCUUAUUUUUUGAUGUAUGCAAAGUUAUGAUCAAGAACCUCUUACUGUUA